CUUCCCGAAGACGAAAAAGAUUUGCGUCCCGUCAUGUUCUGGAUCCAUGGUGGAGUGUUCAUUUUGCAGCACGGCGGUGAAGAACUCCACAGUCCCGAUUUCCUGAUUACCGAAGACGUGGUGGUGGUUACCCACAAUUAUCGUCUUGGUCUUUUAGGGUUUAUCAGUUUCGACGAUCCUUCUUUAGACAUACCCGGGAACGCGGGUUUUAAGGACCAAGUCAUGGCUUUAAAAUGGGUCCAGGAGAAUAUUGACAAGUUUGGUGGGGAUCCUAACGAUGUUACGAUCUUCGGUCAGAGCGCUGGUGCGGUUUCAGUCCAUUUGAUUGUACUGUCGCCUCUGGCAAAGGGUCUUUUCCAUAAAGCUAUAGCCCAGAGUGGAAGUGCUAUAAAUCCAUGGGUUCAAGCUCGUAAAGGGGUGAAACGUGUAGCAGAAGUAAUGGGUCUUGAAGGGGCAGACGACAAAACCGUCUUUGACACUCUAACGAAAAAAUCAAAAGAAGAGAUUUUAGGACUUCAAGAAAUAAUGGACGACGUGUUUAUGUUCUUGAUUAAGUCAGCACCACGUUUUUAUUGUUUAGUCAUCGAAACAAACUCCAAAGAACCGUUCAUGACUGAAGAACCCAUUAAUAUUAUGAAAUCUGGAAACUUCAGCCAGGGCGCUACUCUCGACCUGGUGGUCAAAUCUGAGGUCCUAGAUUUCGAGAAACUUAUUCCAUGGUCCCUUGGUUAUAAAAUCGGUUCUCCAGAAUCUAAAGCCGUUGCUGCAAAAUUGAAGAAAUUUUACUUUGGUGACGAAGAAUACUCCCGGAAACUUUUAAAACAAAAAUACGACGCUUUGUCUGAUAUUUACUUCAUUUAUGGUAUUUAUGAUACAAUAAUGACUCAAUCCGCUGUUUCCAAAGCUCCCAUUUAUCUGUACUGGAUGACUCUUGAAACCAAGCUGAACUUGUUUAAAAGCUUCUGUGUUUGUCAUUGUGAUGAUGUUUUUUACCUUUUCAAGAAUUUUGGCACUCCGAAAAUAGUACCUGGUAGUGUUGAAGACAUCGGUGUAACUAGGUUUGUCGGGUUGUGGACCAAUUUUGCCAAAUUUGGAAAUCCGACUCCUGAUAAGAAUGACGAUUUGCUGAAAGUGGUGUGGAAACCCAUAACGGAUCGUAAUAUGGAUUGUCUUGAAAUUGGGAAAGAAUUACAAGACAGGUCAAAUCCGGUGACUGAAAAUUUGCUGCUCUGGAAACAUGUGUUUGCUAAAAGAAUGUCUUUACAACACAUACAUGAUUGAAAAAUA